AUGCCUGGCUCCUGGUUCACUGAAGACAUGAACAAGAACCUGAGCAUCAACAUCAACGACUCCCUGCACGGCUGCCACGACAUAUCUUCCUACCACGCUGUUACUGCCUCCAACAGAAGGCAUCUACACAUUAAUCGUCAAGCCAGCCUACAGGGCCCCUCAAUGUCUUACGAGGAUCUCCCGGAGACGUACUUCGCCGGCCGUUCGGGUCGAGCGACAAACAUGAACAAAGUCUACAGCCAGACGUACAUGUACAUCUGCUGCCAGUGCGGCGACGGGCCGAAAGUAUACAAUGUCCAGCCGAGAUGCACAGAGUGCAACCACAUUGUGUGCUCCAGUUGCAAGCCUGUCAAGUAG